GGUUUGAUCUCUUCUUUAGAAGGAGAUGGCGUGUGUGGCGCUGCGUUGUGGCGGUGGAAACGCAUUCCUUUCUCGUCUCAACGGUAAUUCCGAUCAGCAGCAGCAGCAGCAGCCACAACCACAGCGGAGCUGUUCGUACAAGAGAAACCCCACACAAGCGGUGCUCAAGUCUAAUUCUCAGCAAUCUCGGGACAGUACCACAAGGAAUCCAUGGAAGCUUCCGCCGAUGGCUCCUGUAGUGUAUGAGAAUCUAAGUUUCUGCAGGGAAGAGAGUAAUGGUUGCGAGAAGGGGGAAAUUACGUCUGAAACACUUGAUGUAUGGAUGAGAGAUUCUGUUACUGAGAUUGUGAAGAACAUAAGAGAAGCUCCAUUCUUGGUUCAUGUGUUUUCUUCGACGAAGAAUGGGAAGACUAAGGUUACAUGUUUGAACAGACAGAAGGCUGUGGCUGAUGAAUGGUUAUCUACUAAGAGGAGAUGGGAAGAAAGAGAAGAAAGAGGGGAAUUCUCAACCCCUGAUGGAAUCAUUCUUAUUGAAGAACUUAAGGAUGAGAAUGAAGAAGAAUACAGUGAAGGAAGAGGAAAGGAAUCAAGCACAAGAGCUUGGGGUAUAGUGAUUCAAGGAAAAAGUGUGAAUUGCAAUCCAGCUUGUUAUAUACUCAAGACUUGCCGUGUGGGUUCACCGUCGAUUGGUUUUUGUACACACUAUUGUUUGGUUAAAGCUCAGCUCUGUGGUGAGACUGCUCUGCAACAGAUGAAGAACUCUUGGCUAUUAAAUCCUCAGCUCUUGUAUCAGCACUCUUAUUAUUCUGAUUUUGAAUCAACACAAUAGAUGAAUUGAAUAUAUUCUCUACAUAUCAAAUUGGUAUUUGGGAAAAA